UUGGAACGAAACGAAACGCUCCUUUUUCAUAAGCAUGGCUACCCCACUUGAACAAAUUUUGGCGCGGCUUCUUGAGCCUGAUAACGACGUUAUUCAAAAGGCUACUCUUGAUUUGAAGGAAGCAUUCAAAGACCCAUCCACACUUACAGCACUAUGCCAGAUACUUGGGACAUCUCCUCAACCUCAGAUCCGCCAUUAUGCAGCUGUUUUGAUCAGACGUAAGAUUCAUAAGUCCAAGCAAUGGGCUGCGCUGAGCAAUGAGUUUAAAGACAGCAUCAGAGGUAACAUACUUCAGCUGCUGGUCCAAGAACAAGAUAAAAGUGCAAGGUCUGCUAUAGGCAUGAUAGUUGGUGUCAUAGCACGUCUUGAUACACCAAGCAAUAGAUGGCCUGCUCUGUUUGAGUUCCUUGUUACCUUUACUAAAGAUGAGGAUCCUGUCAAGAGAGAGGUUGGAAUGUAUGUUUUGUCAACUGUCACGUCCAUUGCUGCAGAACAAAUGAAGCCUCACAUGGUCUCUCUCUUGACACUCCUUGCUGAAGCUCUUAAUGACAAAGCUAACAUUCAAGUCUGUUAUCUUGCAAUCAAGUCUAUGACUGAUUUGGUGUUUUACAUAGGAGAUGCUGAAAUGAAAUAUGUGCAGAAUGUUGUCCCUAGAGUUCUAGAAGUAGUACAGGCAUUGGCUGCCUCAGAUGAGGAAAAGGCUUGUGUUGCGCUGGAGUUCUUUGAUGAACUGCUUGAAUCAGAAGUUGCCAUCAUUGUUCCUCACCUGAAACCUUUGGUGCAAUAUUGUCUCCAGAUAGCAAAGAACAAAGACUACACUGACUCCUUGCGAGUUAAGGCCAUGUCGUUUGUUGCUUCUCUUAUUCGACUUAAAAAGAAGACUGUGAUCAAGCACCACUUAGUUGACCCCAUCCUGCAAGUUUUAUUUCCCAUUAUCUGUGAUGAUGAAGAGGAGGAAGAUGAUGGUGAGGAGGAGGAAGAGGUUCACAGUCCAUCUCAAUAUGCUGUUCAGGUUAUUGACACAAUGGCACUACAUCUGCCACCUGAGAAAUUUUUAAGCAAAGUGACGCCCAUGGUGGAGACUUGUUUGAAGAGCGCAGCAGCCUCCCACAGAAGAGCUGCUUACCUGGUGAUGGCUGUCAUUGUGGAAGGUUGUGGUGACUAUGUUAUGAACAAAAUGCUGGCACAAAUGCUGCAUACUGUGUGCCAAGGUUUGAAUGACCCCUCCCACAUUGUUAGGAAUGCUGCACUUUUUGCUGUGGGACAGUUCUCUGAGCACCUUCAGCCUGAUAUUAGCAACUAUGCAAACGAGUUGCUUCCCAUAUUAUUCCAAUACUUGAAUAAAUCAAUGGAGGAAGCAGAUAAGAAUCCUAAAGGUGUCAUCAAAAGUCACUAUGCCUUGGAGAUGUUCUGUGAAAAUCUAGGUGUUGGCAUUUUGCCCUACUUGUCGGACUUGAUGAAUUAUCUUAUGAAUGUUGUCAGAAAUUGUAACCUUUACAAACCAAAAGAACUGGCUAUUAGUGCAAUAGGAGCUGCAGCUAAUGCUGCGAAAGAAGAUAUGAAGCCAUACUUUAAAGAUAUUUUAGAGAUGUUCAAAGUGUAUCUCACAGUUAGCAAUAAUGUUGACGAGGAGACUAAAAAGUUACAGUUAGCCGCAAUUGAUACCUUGGCUGUUUUUGCUCGAAGUAUAGGGGAGGAAACUUUCCGUCCUUUAGCCACUGAAUGCAUACAGCUGGGUCUCAACCUCCUCAACAAUACCACAGAUCCAGAUCUUCGAAGAUGUGUAUAUAGUUUGUUUGCUGCAAUCUCCACUGUACUUAAAGAAGAGAUGGGGAAAUACUUAGAUGCUAUUGUCAACUUUAUGGUGUCUUCUAUGAAAUCUACUGAAGGCAUUAAGGCGCAUUACAAAUCUGAUGCAGAGGCAGUGACCGUGUUUGAUGAGGAUGAGUUCAAUGAUGAUGAGAAUCUUGAAUAUGAUGAUGCUGAUGAUGAAGAAGAAAACUACAAACUUGAAGGGAUCUCAGUAGAGAAUGCUUACCUUGAUGAGAAAGAGGACGCAUGUUGUGCAUUGGGAGAAGUAGCCCUUAACACUGGGAAAGCUUUCCUCCCCUAUCUCCAGUCAUCCUACAAUGAAGUCUUGGAUCUUGUUGCCUAUCCAGCUGUAGGGAUUAAAAAGGGUGCUUUCUCAACACUGGGACAGUUGUGUUUAUGUGUUCAUAACUCUUUUAAAGAAACCAACUCAGAAGAUGCAUUAACUGCUUUAAAGAUGAUGAUCGUGGGGGUUGUGCCCAAGUACCUGGAGGCAAUCAAAACAGAAGUUGACCGCACAGUGGUGAUGACAGCUGUUGAUGCCCUGCAGGAGCUGUUGGAUAAAAUUGGCCAGCUAGUCCUCUCAAUCACUGGAGCAGCUGAUGCUAUCCUCUCCGCAAUGAAGGAAAUUUUUACCCACAAGGUAGCUUGCCAGGAUCAGGAAGAUGAUGGUGAAGAUGAAACAGAAGCAGAGUUUGACAGCAUGCUCAUUGAGUCUGCAGGAGAUGUACUUCCUGUCAUGGCAAGAAUCAUGGGCGGUGACAAUUUCCUACCAUUUUUUACCUCUUUCGUUCAAGACUUGCUCAAGAGACUAAAAGAGACUUCCUCCACAUCAGAAAAGUCAUUUGCUGUAGGCACAUUAGCUGAAGUGAUUGAGGCCUGUGGUCCCCCUGUUGGUUGUGCAUUUACUAGUGUUUUGUAUCCUGUGUUCACACGCAUGACAAAAGAUGAAGAUGAGGAGGUGCGAAGCAACUCAGUCUUUGCUCUAGGUGUUUUAGCUGUGAAUGGGGGUGAUGCCAUGAUUAGUCAUUACACAGACAUACUGAAGACAUUAUUUACUGUGAUGAAUGCUGAGAGGAAUCCCAGAGUGUUGGAUAAUGUUUGUGCUGCAGUGUGUAGGAUGGUGUGGCAUAGUCAGCAGAAUGUUCCCCUUGCCCAGGUUCUUCCUGUGAUUGUUCAACUGUUGCCACUGAAGGAAGACUUUGAAGAGAAUGUGACAGUAUUUACGUGUCUAAUGAAGUUAUACACAGAAAAUGUUCAGGAAUUGAUCCCGUACAUUCCUAAAAUUGUGGAGACGGUGGCCGUGGUGAUUAGAACAGAGAAGAUCAAGGAAGGUGAGUACACACAAACCCUUCUAGUCCAUUUCAUUCAUAGCGUCCACACCAAAUUUCCUGCAGAGUUUGAGCAGGUGAGGUCCCGUCUGGAACCAGAGCUUGUGGCAGUCCUUGACCUUUGCCUGAGCACCCAAGCUCCAGACAUGCCAGUCUCUUGAUUGUGACAGAGUUGAAUGACUCAAAUUUUUGUUUUGUUGUUUACAUUUUUUUUUUUAAAUUGUUUUUAAAACUGAGUAAAGAAUUUUUAGUUGUCCCUCCCUUCCCUGUCAUCAGGUGGUUUUGAUAACUUCAACAAAAAGAAAUCACUGCGUAGUUAUUUGUGUUAAAUCAGGGGUCUCCAAACUUUUCAGUCCGAGGGCCGCAUUAACUAUCAAAUUUCAGUUCGGGGGCCAGUUUUUUCAAGGCAUGUCUGAUUUUUUUUCUGGGCAAAGUUCUUCAGCUAUCAACAACCAACAAUUUUUCCUUGUACAAAAAUAUCUUCGCGGGCCGUAGUUUGGAGACCCCUGUGUUAAAUAAUUGAUGUGAGGUUUUUUUUCGCAUACUUUGUUUUGGGUUAGCUACAAUAUACCAAGUGCAAUGAUUCCUUAAGUUUUGUCAAAAACUGUAUACAGCCAGAGAAUAAAAAGCCAUGCAUUUUUUUUAUUUUUGUGUGCUGGAAACUACUACAGUGAUAAGUCAGAAUUAACUUUUGACCAUACUUUGUGAUUGUAAUUGACCUGUUGGCUGAAAAACCAAUGUAUUGAUCAUUUCAUGUUUUCUUUUUAGAUUCAAAAGGCUUUAUUCUAUGGGUUAAACUAUUUUAUUCAGUUGUUUUUGUUUUUAAAAUAUUAAGAGUUUAAGAAAAGGACAAAUUUAGAUCUUUUUAAGUUAAAAAAAAUAUUCUAUAACAUUAUUGAAACUCCGAAAGUCUCAAGUUUGAAACCGGGUUCAGGUCCGUAGAAUGACCCUGAGUCCACCCAGCUCUGAUGGUUACCUGACUUAAGUUGGGGAAAGUAAAGGCGGCUGGGCAUAGUGCUAUCCCUUUAUAAAUCGAGGUCACAGAUAAAGGUGAAUUAUACUUCACUUGCAACAUAGACCGUCAAAAGGCAACUUUACUAUUGAAACAUAAAAUGAACAGUUGAGAUUGUGUUGAAAAUGUCCAUCUGUACAUACUACAUAAUGCAUUGACAUAAUACUUACAACCCUAAACGAAAAAUGAUAAACAUUGAAGUAUUUUGAAGUCUUGUACAUGUUUUUUCUACUGUGUCUAUAAAAUUGAUGAUGAUGAAAUGUGUCUCUGUUUUAGUGUUUAGCGCUGGUCUUUAACCCUCUCUAUGCUGCUUUUUGUUGUUAACCCCCCCUCCCCCUCCUCUCUUUAAAUUGGGAAUUCCCUUUGUAUUUAUCCCAUUCUUGUGAAAACAACAGUUUGCCCAUAUUUUUUGUAUAUAGGUAUUUAUAUGGGUAAUAUUUCUAUAUGCCUUCUGGUACAUGUUCUUUCAUCUGUGGAUUGACAAAGUAUUUAAUUUGCUUCUAUUUAUGUCAUUAAUUUCAUGCAUGGGAUUUAUAUUUGAAUAAUCUCAUUACCCUUUAUUUAAAAAAAAAUUACAGCAGUGUAUUUUUACGGCUAUUUUGUGUAUUUGUUUUAUUUAUUCAAGUGAAGCAAUAUUUUAUUACCUGCCUCCAAUGCAAGACCAGCCCUUAACUCUAAAGAUAAGGACCUAAAAAUGUUGCUGAUGAAACUAUAAAUGUUUAAGAAAAAUAAAAUUGUAUCUAGUCCAAACAGCUGCUAUGUUUAGUGGUGAUUCUUUUUUAAGGAAGUUUGAAAAAUAUAAAUGCUGUACAAAAUAGUUCUUUAAUUUAUAAUCUGCUUCUUUCUCCUGAUCUGCAUUUCUCUUACAAGUCUGUCAUAAUGUUGAAUGUUUUUUUUUAUAUGAUUAGAAAUAGUAUUCUUACAUUGUCUUGACAUGUUUUUUUCUUUUUUUUUUUUGUUAAUCUAUCUAAAAUAUUUCUUUGUAAUGCUAAUUCAAGAUUUUAACUACUGACAUGCUAGGUUAUUCUUCAGUCAAAAAGUUCUAUUUUAAGCAUCCAGCCUUAUGAAUUAUUCUGCUGCUUAGAAGUGCCACAAUUCCUGCAAAAAAAAUGUAUAUUGUAAUUUUUUAAAAGUUAAUUGUAUAAACUAAAAGAAAUUUUAUAAGAAAACCUGUAAUAGAAAAUCUCAAUUUAAAAAUUACUUUACUUGAUGAUGUCCAUAUUAUGUUUUAGAAAUAUCAGUCUUUUUAUACUUGAAAUGUAAAAUUUAAAAACAUUAAAUAUUUUUAGUAUGGUAUCUUAUCAUCAAAAUGGAAGAUAUUAAUUAAUAAUACUUAGAUCAUGAAAAUUGUGUUUUAUAAACUGUAUGACAACUUGUUUUACUUUGGAAAAUAA